AUCCAUUAGUUGUACGAUGCUCGUGUGGUCAUCUAGAGGGCUGAUACCCUGCCGUGGAUCAGUGUGUGCCAAGCAAGAGCUUACCAGAGGGCACGUCGUUCCUGACCAGCCCUCGCAGUCAGGAUGUCGGCCUCUAGCCAGAGAAAUGGACGUGUGUGGUUCACUAGCCGCAAGGUUCAUGACGACCAUAUCAAACACCAUCACAACCACAGGAUGGAUAACCCGUCAUUUGGCAUAGACGGUACCGAACUGAUUAUAGUCAACAGCGUCGGUAACGGUGUGGGCAACGGUACAGUCAAUGGUGCUGCCAAUGGCGUUUCCUAUGAUGCAAAACGCAAUACAAUCAAAGACCCAGAUAAGACGGUGGCGGUCCUGGGGUCGGGAGACUACGGGCGAGCUAUCUCCCGGAGGUUCGUCAACUCUGGCUACACGGUUUACAUUGGCUCCAGGGACCCCAACAGGAGCAAACUCAAUGCUACUUCUUGCAGGUUCCUGGUGAGGCAGACUGGUGCCACACUGACGAGCCAGGAGGUGGCACUGGGAGCGGCUAAUGUAGUGAUCGUUGCGGUGGGUCGUGACUACUACGACUACCUGCCCCUCUCUCUCCUGCGAGGCAAACUGCUCAUUGAUGUCUCUAACAACACCGAGCGUCGCAAGGGACCACAUUACCGUAGCAAUGCAGAAUACCUUCAGGGCCUCGUGCCAGAAGCCAAGGUGGUCAAGGGUUUCAAUGUACUCUCAGCUUAUGCUCUCGAGAAUGGUGGCAUCCAGGGCAGCAAAGAGGUAUACCUUGCUAGUGAUCACAUGGACGCAAAGACGAAGGUUUCGGAUAUAGUACGCAUGAUGGGAUUUCACCCCGUGGACUGGGGAAGUCUGCAGGCCUCUAGAGACAUUGAGGAUAUUCCCCUCCUAUUCAUGCCAUCCUGGAAGCGACCUGUAGCUGUUGUUUUUGGAAUCUUCUUAUUCAUGUGGAUUCUUGCACUAUUUUCGUUCCAGAUCUGCUACAACUGGGCUAAAGGUGACUGGCAUGGAGAAUGGAAACACAUUGCAAUGAUAAACUUCAAUCGUGUCAUUGCCAUUACUGCUAUUUGGACCUUAUCUUUCUGCUACCUUCCAGGUCUAAUAGCAGCAUAUAUCCAGCUGUGGCGAGGUACAAAAUAUAGCAGAUUUCCAAAGUGGCUGGAUGACUGGCUGAAGAUGAGGAAACAACUUGGACUUCUGAUGCUGGGACUUGCUGGAAUGCAUGCCUGCAUUUCUGUUGCAUUUCUGACACCACAGACAACAGAGUGGGUAUAUGAGGAACCCCAGAAAAUUCGAGCCCAAGUGUUAGUGGAUGCCAACACUACUUUAACAGAAACUAUAACCUUGUACAACUUCGAAUUCAACUGGCGAGGAGAACUCUUCCUCACAAUGGGAGCCAUAGCAACAUGCUUGUUGGUCAUAUUGGGUAUAACAUCUUUGCCCUCAGUCACGGCUACUCUAUCCUGGAAAGAGUUUACCUUCAUUCAAAGUAAACUUGGUUGGGUUGCCUUGAUUGCAGCUGCUUCUCAUGAUAUCUUCCUUGCAUGGCAUUUUAUGUUUCUUUACUGGGGAUGCUUCAGAACUCUCCCAAUAGGCCCACAGUAUGCAUUAUAUCCUCCGUUCAUCGCUGUAAUCAUGAAGAUACCGCUGUUGCUGCCACCUGUCGACAAUUACCUACAGAAAAUACGAAGAGGAUACGAACGUGGUAGUCAGACUGAAAAUAGAAAAUCGGACGUGGCUUAAAAUAGAUACCAGUGUCAUAUUUAUUGUAUGCUCUUACAUAUCUUGUGCUGUGUAAAAAUCUGUGAUGUAUAUCUCAACUUUAUGGAUACAGAGUUUGAAAAUGGGGAUAUCUACUAUUUUCAGUACUGUAUAUAUUUGACUAGGUAACAUAUGGGUACCUGUAAAAUUUUAAGUUACCUACAUAUUACCUCAAAGACCUUUACAUUAAUUAUAAACUCUUAGAAAUAACUAACCAUAGUGUAUUUUAUAGAUUUGUUUGCCCUACAAAGAACUUAAUACUUUGACACUCUUUGCAACACAGAUUGUGUUUUUCAUGAUUAAUGUGCUACAGUAUAAAAACUAGAAAUCACAUAUAAAAUUUAUGAUAUUAAAGUAUCUUUUUUGUAUAGAUUACAUAAUCUAAAGCUUCAUGAAUUGGUAUUAUUUUAAAUACAACACAUUCCUGGUAAUAUUUGCUCAUAAAUUAAUUUGGCAAAUUGCCAUGAGCUGUUAAGGUGUGAGCAUUUUAAAUAAGCUCCUAAUCUAGACUAACAUGGCUAAUUACAAUCACUCCAGUCAAAUUGUGGUAAGGAUAAUUAAGCAAUUUUGUUAAUUUGCUGAUUUUACUGAGAUUACACCUACUUCAGUACAGCGCUAACACUUAACCCUUAAACUGUCCAAACUUAGAUCUACGUUUUUUCAACAUUUGAAAGUACAUGUGUAAAACAACGUUGAUCUAAUUUUGGAGCACUACACAUGUGAACGUAAAUUUGUUUGGACAGUUUAAGGGUUAAAGAAGAAUAAUACAUUUAAACUAAUCUUUCACAUAAAUAUUGAGUAGUGUAGUGUUUUUGAAGAAUGUAUACAGUUUAAGUAUUGUGAACAGUGUUUGUAAAUGCUGAUAUUGAGGACGGUAGUGUAGUAUGUUAUUUCCUUCCUCUGAAAAGUGGAGUUACUGUUUUGAAUAACCAGGUUUGAAGUAUUACAUUGUAGGUUUAGGAAGUCAUUAUUUCUUGUGAUAAUGGAAAUUAAUACUGUAGCAUGGAACUGCUUUUAUGAUGCAUAUUUUUAAGUAAUUUUAGUGGAAAAUUUAAAUGUUUAUUUUGUAAAUGGACACGUUUCUUAAAAUACAAAUAUUUAAGAUUUUAAUGCUUCAGAGCUUAUCAAAUCAUAAAAUUCCACAUACAGCCUCGCUUAACGACAGAGUUCCGUUCCUAAGACCACGUCAUUAAACGAAUUCGUCGCUAAGUGAGUAGCAUACUAUAAUGGUAGCGAGUUUGUGUCGGCCAUCUUUGAUUUUGUUUUGAUGUCGCCUUAGCACCAUUUAUAGCAUUUCUGGUAUAUUUUUAAAUGUUUAUACAGCCUCUCCUCACUUAGCGACGUACUUGGACUUAUGACGGGCUCUGUAACCAGUAUGCAUACCUAAAUAAUGUAUAUUAAAGCUGAUUUCCUCUAUUCAGCUUAAUACAAAAUACAGUACACUACUAUAUAAACAUUUAAAAAUAUACCAGAAAUGUUAUAAGUGGUACAGAAGUGACAUUAAAACAAUAUCAAAGACGGUUGACACAAACCCACUACCAUUAUAGUAUGCUUCUCACUUACUGAUGAAUUCGUUUACCGACGUGGUCUUAGGAACAGAACUCCAUUGUUAAGUGAGGAGAGGCUGUACAUAAAUAAACUGAAUAGAGGAAAUCACCUCUGAUGUACAUUUAGGUAUGAAUACUAGUCAGAGGCGUCGGUAAACGAGUGAGGAAAGGCUGUAUUAGGGGCACUGAAUGGCCUAUGGGGAGACUUGACACUUUACACAAAAAAAAAUCAACCCUAGGACACUUGUGGAAGGGUCUUUGUGGUAAUAAGUGGCACUAUGACACUCGGGCUUAGUGCUUUAUUUGAAGUAAUAAGAUUGAAAAAAUAAAAUAUGAGUUCAUAAUUAUUUCCAUGUUAUGUUCAUUUUAAUAAGAACUGGCAAUACAUAAUUACUAUAAUUAAAAAGUAAUAAAAUUAA